AUUUCUCAUGAUUUUGUUCUAAAGAUAAGAUAUAAAAUUUAUCGUUCUCUUCUUUCCUGUAGAUAUUAGCACAUUCUAUAAAAUUUGGUAUGGAUUUGCCAAAAACCUUUAAAUUAGAGAGAUAUUUCGCUCAAUACGAAUUCGACAACACAAAGAAACUUCUAUGCUGUUCCGAUGCCGAAUCAUUCGAUUUGAAAACAUUAUUAUCGCUAGGCUCGUCCGAAGAUGUUGAAAAAUGGAACAAUUUAAAGCUAUGCUACACCGAUAGUCAAGGAUCGCUGGAAUUACGUACCGAAAUUUCAAAAUUGCAAGAUAUUAACCCAGAAAAUAUACUAGUUUGCGUUCCUGCAGAAGGUAUUUUUAUUGCUUUGACAUGUUUAGCAAAAGAAUUAAAAGGCAAAAAAGCAAUUGUUUGUUGGCCUUGUUAUCAAAGUUUAAUCGAGGUAUUAGAAUCCAAUGGUGUUACAACUGACAAGUGGCUUGCUAGAUAUUCAUCGGAAAAGGGGUGGUAUUUUGACAUGAAUGAAUUAAGAGGUCUGAUAAAGGACAAUGUGGGCCUAGUUGUUGUCAAUUUUCCACAUAAUCCUACAUCCUUUUUACCGUCAACUGACGAAUUUAACGAGCUAAUAAAACUGUGCAAAGAAAACGACAUUUAUUUGUUUAGCGACGAAAUGUAUAGGAUGACUGAAAGAUCUAUACCCCAUUUAUCGUCGGCUUGUAGCGUUUAUGAUAAAGCGAUAAGCCUAUCCGGUUUAUCUAAAUCUUUUGGAUUACCAGGUUUAAGAGUUGGGUGGCUAUGUUGUCAAAAUGAUGAAAUACUUGGAAAGUUUAAAGGCCUAAAAGAUUAUUUAACCAUAUGCUCUUCUUCUCCAACCGAAGCUUUAGGUGUGAUAGCCCUGAAGAAUAGGGAUGCUCUAACAACUACUAUUCAAUUGAUAAUUAAGAAGAAUUUAUCAUUGGUAUCUGCUUUGGCGGUAAAGUAUCAAGAGCUAAUCGAAUGGCACGAGCCUAAAGCAGGAACCACAGGCUUUAUGAAAUUAAGAGAAAAACUGCUAAAAGGCAGAACAGCCACCGAUGUUUGCGCAGAGCUUGUCGAUAAAUUCAAUAUUGUUCUUCUACCAGCUAAAACUUAUCAGUACGAAGACAAGUACGUCCGUUUCGGUUUUGCCAGAAAAGACAUGGAAAUUCUAUUAACAGACUUCGACAAUUUCCUUUCUCAAUAUGCAAAUUAG